CACCCAUCAGUGCCCAGCAGUGUCGCCUGUCAGUGCUGCCCAGCAGUGCCACCUGUCAGUGCUGCCCAGCAGUGCCACCUGUCAGUGCCCAGCAGUGUCGCCCAUCAGUGCUGCCCAUCAGUGCCACCCAUCAAUGAUGCCCAGCAGUGCCGCCGAUCAGUGCCGUCUUGCCCAUCAUUGCUGCAUAUCAGUGCAUCAUCAGGGCCUCCUCAUCAAUGCCCACCAGUGCCGCCUCAUCAGUGCUACCUAUCUGUGCUGCCUCAUCAAUGCCCAUCAGUGCUGCCUAUUAGUGCAGCCUCACCAACGCAC